CUUUAUCAGUUACAGUCGGAACGUGCCGUCCCGUCGUGAAUGCGAGUGAUGCGCGAGGAUUAUCAAGAACCUAUGGUGCAGCACGGCGCUGAUGCUCACGCGCUGAAGCUCGUUAUACGGGGAUACAGCAAGCCGCCUCUGUCAAAUCAUAUAGGAAGCCUGUCUCUUUCACCCCACCUUUCUGGAGCACGAUACUAUAAAAAAUAAUGUAUGCAACACUCAAAUACACCGAUUGGUAGAACCAACCGUCAAUCCACAGAACCGGAGCUUGCCCGCUCCCUGCUGAAUUUCACUAAAACAGUUCUGAAGAAGUAGAAAGGAAAUAUUUGUGUUUUUUUUUUUCUUUUCCAGACCUGCAAUUCCGAUAAUCACACAGAACAUGAACUGUGGGGAUUUCGCGCUUGCUUCGGAGGUUUGGCUGCAUCGCGUCGGAGGAAAAGUGCUGCUUGUUUGGCUGUUUCUGGCUUGCCUGCGAGUCUGCAUGGCGUUUGGCCCAAACAAAUUGGAAGAGGAAGAUUAUGAAGAUGUGCCCAUAAAUAAAACGUGGGUUUUGUCACCCAAGGUCUACGAGAGCGAUGUCACCUUGAUCCUAAAUAAAUUACUGCAGGGUUACGACAACAAGCUGCGACCCGACAUCGGAGUGAGGCCGACCGUGAUCGAGACCGCUGUGUAUGUCAACAGCAUCGGACCAGUUGACCCCAUUAACAUGGAGUACACCAUCGACAUAUUCUUCGCCCAGACAUGGUACGACAGCAGAUUGAAGUUCAACAGCUCCAUGAAGCUCCUGAUGCUCAACAGCAAUAUGGUGGGGAAGAUCUGGAUCCCGGACACCUUCUUCCGCAACUCCAGGAAGUCCGACGCCCACUGGAUCACCACGCCCAAUCGGCUGCUGAGGCUGUGGAGCAACGGCCGAGUGAUGUACACGCUGAGGUUGACAAUUAAUGCGGAAUGCUACCUUAAGCUGCAUAACUUUCCUAUGGAUGAGCACUCGUGUCCGCUGGAGUUUUCGAGCUACGGCUACCCUAAAAAUGAAAUCCUCUACCGCUGGCAGCGGCGGUCCGUGGAGGUGGCGGACCAGCGGUACUGGAGGCUGUACCAGUUCGCUUUUGUCGGGCUACGGAACACGUCGGACGUGGCGCACACCCAGUCAGGCGAGUAUGUCAUCAUGACCAUAUUUUUUGACCUGAGCCGGCGAAUGGGCUACUUCACCAUCCAGACCUACAUUCCAUGCAGCAUGAUAGUGGUCCUCUCCUGGGUCUCCUUUUGGAUCAACAAAGACGCCGUGCCGGCAAGGACAUCCUUAGGGAUUACCACAGUUCUCACUAUGACGACGCUCAGCACCAUAUCCAGGAAGUCCCUGCCAAAGGUGUCGUACGUGACAGCCAUGGACCUGUUCGUCUCUGUCUGUUUCAUCUUCACUUUCGCCGCGCUCAUGGAGUACGGGACGCUACACUACUUCACCAGCAACCGUCAAGCAAAGAAAACAAAACCCAACAACGCACAGAAGUCCGCCGUGGUGAACAUCCGGCCGGGAACGUCACUGCUGCAGAUGAACAACAUCGCCCCCUACCACGAGGAUGACGACUACGCCUACGAGUGCCUGGACGGGAAGGACUGCGCCAGCUUCUUCUGCUGCUUCGAUGACUGCCGCUCGGGGGCGUGGCGCGAGAACCGCAUGCACGUCCGCGUGUCCAAGAUCGACUCAUACUCCAGAAUAUUCUUCCCCACGGCGUUCGGCCUCUUCAACCUUGUCUACUGGGUGGGCUAUCUGUACUUGUAAAAGCAAAACAAACAAAACAAACAAACAAUGUAGCGUUUAAGAAAGACAUAUUUAAAAAUAUAGUUAAUAAAGAUAUUUAAUAUUUAGUUUUGAAAAUCGCUCGUAUGUUCUCCCCCUCCACCGCUAAUCUUAGGUAAAUGGGGAGGAGGAUUUGCGUUUGGGAGCCCAGCGUUCGCCGCUGUAGCUAGCAGGCAGUGAGUAGAAUAGCUUUUUAGACUAAUAUAUUCAAACACGUAGAAAACAAAACUGCAUGUGUAUUAGGAAGAGAGUAUCUGCAGACUUUUUACAUUUUUGUAAACGAUACCAUGCAGGAUUGGGUAUACAAAUGUGUAACAGGCCAGACAGCAAAAUUACUAUUUUAGAUAAAAGGUCAAGAUUCUGCUCCAAGCUGAAACUGUGUUUUUGAACUACCUAUAACAUGUAGACUGUGGGUUACAAGAUCCACAAUUUGUCAUUGAUUGGAGUUUGGCCAUGGUUUUAAGUUUAACAGUCUAGACCAGUGGUUCUCAGGCUGUGACUCAGGACACACUUCAGGGUCAGGAGAGAGAUUGAAAAGGUUGACAGAGACAUAUGGAAAAACACAGCCCUUUCAAAGACAUUUUCACUAACCAGACUAAAUACUGCACUUAAUUAGCUUACAUGACAAUAUACUGACAUGCAUAUUCAAAAAUGUUUUUGUUCCAUGUUUGUUCUAUAUCUUGUAUACGGUAUGGUGUUAUAUACGUAUAUCUUAUAUAGGGAAUGUUUUCGUAUGGGGUGAUUCACAGAAAAGCUACUCACUUGUUAAGCCAGUCCUGAACCCAGAAAGUUUGGAAAUAUCUCUGUUAGACUGGCUAGAUGAACAUAUAUAGUCACUGCGUGGGUAAAAUGCAAUACUCGUAGGAGGAUAACUUUGAGUAGAAUAUCUAGAAUAUGCAGAACAUCUUUGAGUAGUGGCAGUCACCCACAGGAGGUCUAUUCAAUCAAGGUUAUUGCACUUCUACUGAAUCAAUAAUGGAGUUAAUGCUUUGCUACAUUUUGUCAACGUGGACAAGCUCCUUUCUUCAUUUCUGAAGUGAUCCCUGGAGAGAUGGUAAUAAUUCCUUCGAAGUUGUUUUUUUUUUUCAGGAGUGAACAGUCCUGCGGCGGGAUGAGAUAACUCAUGUGAUAAGCUCAAUUAAUUAGACCCCUCACGCUUUGUUUUGGCCCGUAAUUUCACACAAGUUGUAAUUUCCAUGGUGUCAUUCUGUGUGGCCAACAGACAUGCAUUCCCAGUCAGACUUCAGAAUUUACAACACAUGCACAAACACAGACUCUCUCACACACACACUUUUAAUAUUUGGUAUGCAUAUCUCAACACAUUAAAUUGCUGUUAAUGCAAUGGACUUCUGCUAUUCUGCUAUUAUUCUUACUGAAAUAGACUGAUGUAAAUGGGAAGUAUGAUUACCUACACAUAUCCAUGACAAAUCAUUAAAUACAACAUGAAAGCAGCUACGCAAUUGACAAAGAGUUUCAUUUGCUUACAGGAAGAGAGUUUUUAUAUUCAUUAAUUCACAGAUAUGCUCUGAGAGUAAUUGUGCUGUCAGGGGACCUAUUAAAAAGCUAUCAAGGCCCAUAUGGCUUUGAGGUAAAGAAUGGAGAAAUACAUGCCACAUUUCUAACCUAUAACAUUUUUGGGAAGGGAAAGGAAAAAAUAUUUUGCCUGCAUAUUAGCAUAUCAUAUUCUAUAUUUGCUGUUGUUGGGUCUGUAGUCUUGUGAGAGGUGAGAAAAAAUGAUAAUGCACCUCUCUGAUAUGAUACUGGUAGAUAAAAUGCUAGAUCUGUUUAGUUUUCCAGCUAUACUCUGUAGUCCGGACUUACAUGCUGA